AUGACGAUGCUCUUGUUUACAAGACUUCAACUGAUUUCAACAUGGCUGAUUGUGCAAGCAACGACAAGUUUAGAACGUCAAGUAACUUACACUGAGCAUCCAACAACAACUGCACAUCAAGUUUUUACAGCUCUGCAAUCCGACUCAACUGUAUCAAAGGCAUUGGACGCAUCUUCUAAGGAAUCAUUUACGGCUCGAUCUCCAGAUGUAGCUUCACAGGUAGACCAGCAAUGGCGAUAUCAACCAGCAACACUUGUGCUCGAUACAAGUAGCACAACUCUGGCUACACACAAUCAUAUUGCAUCUCUAGAAACGUUUAAAGUUGCUUCUGAAAACAGUUCCACCGGAAAUCAACAGCAAGCUAGUUUACAGUCUCACAAGAGUUCAAAAGAGCAGCGUGCAUCUUUGAUUUCUCAAACGAGUUCUUCUGGGCAUACAUCAACAACGGCGCCAGAAAAUAGCUCCCAUGAAGAGCAGAUACCUACGCCUUCAAGCACUGCUGGAGUGCAAGGAACGGCUGUACCUAGCACGCUUUCAACUCCACAAUAUGGAAUGACGAAUGUAGUACAAUCAUUACCUUUACAUCCUCAAAACUUUUCUACAGAACAGUCAAAGACAGUUGAGUCUCAGCUGAAUCCCUCUCCACAGAAUGCGUCAUUGAUUGCUGGUGAGCCAUUAUCAUCAGUAGACCAGGUAAAUUUAACUCAGGAGCAACAAAAUACCACAUCCUAUGGGCAGCCAUGGCCAACAACUAGUACACCUCAUCAAGGUUUCUUUAACCAAAUCCCGUCUUUGCUACCUCAAAAUACUUCCAUUGGUCAGAAAAUAUCAUCAUUGGACCAAUCAGUAGCAUCUUUGAGACAUCAAAACACCAUUUCUCUAGCUCAAAAUACGUCCUUUGGACAACCGAUAACCCUUACAUCCUUCAGAGGUUCCCCGUCAGAGCUUCAGUCCUCGUUAUCUCAAAACAGUUACCCUAGUCGCAUAUUAUCACCAGUGGUGCAGCUACAUUCAACUCUGGUACAAAAAAAUAGCACUUCUUUGGUUCAAAAUAGUACCCAGUACGGUCAACCAAUAACCGUUACUCCACUCAAAAGUUCCUCUGCAAAUAUUCCAUCUUUGACACUUCAAAACAAUUCAACUACUCAGCCAUCAUCGGUAGCAGAUCAGGUGACUUCAGCACAGAAACUACACAAUAACACUGAGCUUCAGUCCUCGAUAUCUAAAAACAGUUACCCUAGUCGCACAUUAUCACCAGUGGUGCAACUACAUUCAACUCUGGUACAAAAAAAUAACACUUCUUUGGUUCAAAAUAGUACCCAGUACGGUCAGCCAAUAACCGUUACUCCACUCAAAAGUUCCUCUGCAAAUAUUCCAUCUUUGACACUUCAAAACAAUUCAACUUCUCAGCCAUCAUCGGUAGCAGAUCAGGUGACUUCAGCAGAGAAACUACACAAUAACACUGAGCUUCAGUCCUCGAUAUCUAAAAACAGUUACCCUAGUCGCAUAUUAUCACCAGUGGUGCAACUACAUUCAACUCUGGUACAAAAAAAUAGCACUUCUCUGGUUCAAAAUAGUACUCAGUACAGUCAGCCAAUAACCGUUACUCCACUCAAAAGUUCCUCUGCAAAUAUUCCAUCUUUGACACUUCAAAACAAUUCAACUACUCAGCCAUCAUCGGUAGCAGAUCAGGUGACUUCAGCACAGAAACUACACAAUAACACUGAGCUUCAGUCCUCGAUAUCUAAAAACAGUUACCCUAGUCGCACAUUAUCACCAGUGGUGCAACUACAUUCAACUCUGGUACAAAAAAAUAACACUUCUCUGGUUCAAAAUAGUACUCAGUACAGUCAGCCAAUAACCGUUACUCCAAUCAAAGGUUCCUCUACAAAUAUUCCAUCUUUGAAACUUCAAAACAAUUCAACUGCUCAGCCAUCAUCGGUAGUGGAUCAGGUGACUUCAGCACAGGAACUACACAAUAACGCUUCUCUCACUCAGAGUAAAUACCAUGAGCAAUCAGUGAAUUCCUACGAAAGUGCCCCUGCCAAGGUUCAGACUAUGGUUUCUUCAAACAGUUCUUCUCUUCAAUCAUUAUUAUCAGUGGAAAAGCUAACUUUACCUAUACAAAAACCAAAUUUCACAUUUCUGGCUCAAAAUGGUUCCAAUGGACAGCCAACAACUGUUUCAUCUCACACUACUUCCUUUGCCCAACUUUCUUCAAGGAAACCUCAAAACAGCAUUUUGGAACAGACAAAAACAUACGAACCUUACGUAAACUCAACUCCAAAACUACUAUCACUGCCUUCAAUGUUUCAAAGUGAUUCUGCUGGACAGUUAGCAACAACUUCAACUUGGCCGUAUCCUACUAUAAAGUUGGCAUCUUUGAUUAAAAAAGAUAAUUACACUGAGCAGCUACUAUCCAUUACGCACCAGGGAAAUAUAACUUAUAAACAGCAACCUACAUCGCUGAUAUAUAGUGAAAAACCAACAACUGAUUUAUUUGACGUUGGCUCAAAGGUACAAAAUGCAACUCUAAUACCUUACAGUGGCAAUACUGAGCAGAUUUCAACUUCUGCAACUCAGCAGAAUCUUUCGAUUAAACUUUCGUCGUUGAUUCUCCAAGGCAAUUCCGCUGAACAACCAUCAUCACCUGUUAAUCAAACAAAAUCAGCUCUGAAAUUGCUUUCUCAAGACAGUCCUUUUAGCCUGAAGCCAACAUCCGCCGAAUCUCAAGCGAACUCCUUUGUGCAACUGACAAUUUUUAUUCCUCAAAACAGUUCCAUUCUCACUGAAAUACCGCCAUCAGCCCUUCCUCUGGCAAAUUUAACCGUAGAACAAAAAUUUACAACAGCAUUGCAACCAACAAAUCUUGUUUCCCAAAAAUAUUCUGGAGAACAGUUGAUGACGGUAUCAGACUCUGUACAAUCAAAUUCAUUGCGAACAACAUUGGCUCAUAAACACACUGUGGAGCAAAAUUCAUCAAUUAUACACCAAGAUAACUCGACGAUACUAAGACCGCCAAACAAGAACUCUUCUAGGCUUUUUGCGACACCUGUACUUGUUGUAAACUCCACCCUUCAGCAAAAGCUUACACCGACGUCCACACUUGACGACGAGUCUACUCCGAAACCUUCUACUUUACUGCCUGAAAUCAGUUCUUCCGAACAAAAAUUUAAAACGACAAAACUUAGCGUUCAUUCAUCUUUACAGGAGAGAAAUUCAACCAGCUUCACUGUCCAAACAACAGCAACUUCGAGUCAAUUUUAUUCAAUUCAACAAUCUACUCAGCCAUCAUCGGUGGUUGAUCGGGUGACUUCAGCACAGGAACUACACAAUUACACUUCUCUCGCUCAGAGUAAAUACCAUGAGCAAUCAGUGACUGUUAAAUCCUUCGAAGGUGCCCCUGCCAAGGUUCAGACUAUGGUUUCUUCAAACAGUUCUUCUCUUCGAUCAUUAUUAUCAGUGGAAAAGCUAACUUUACCUAUACAAAAACCAAAUUUCACAUUUCUGGCUCAAAAUGGUUCCAAUGGACAGCCAACAACUGUUUCAUCUCACACUACUUCCUUUGCCCAACUUUCUUCAAGGAAACCUCAAAACAGCAUUUUGGAACAGACAAAAACAUAUGAACCUUACGUAAACUCAACUCCAAAACUACUAUCACUGCCUUCAAUGUUUCAAAAUGAUUCUGCUGAACAGUUAGCAACAACUUCAACUAGGCCGUAUUCUACUAUAAAGUUAGCAUCUUUGAUUACAAAAGAUAACUACACUGAGCAGCUACUAUCCAUUACGCACCAAGGAAAUAUAACUUAUAAGCAGCAACCUACAUCGCUAAUAUAUAGUGGAAAACCAACAACUGAUUUAUUUGACGUUGGCUCAAAGGUACAAAAUGCAACUCUAAUACCUUACACUGGCAAUACUGAGCAGAUUUCAACUUCUGCGCCUCAGCAGAAUCUUUCGAUUAAACUUUCGUCGUUGAUUCUCCAAGGCAAUUCUGCUGAACAACCAUCAUCACCUGUUAAUCAAACAAAAUCAGCUCUGAAAUUGCUUUCUCAAGACAGUCCUUUUAGCCUGAAGCCAACAUCCGCCGAAUCUCAAGCGAACUCCUUUGUGCAACUGACAAUUUUUAUUCCUCAAAACAGUUCCAUUCUCACUGAAGUACCGCCAUCAGCCCUUCCUCUGGCAAAUUUAACCGUAGAACAAAAAUUUACAACAGCAUUGCAACCAACAAAUCUUGACUCUCAAAAAUAUUCUGCAGAACAGUUGAUGACGGUAUCAGCUUCUGUACAAUCAAAUUCAUUGCGAACAACAUUGGCUCAUAAACACACUGUGGAGCAAAAUUCAUCAAUUAUACACCAAGAUAACUCGACGAUACUAAGACCGCCAAACAAGAACUCUUCUAGGCUUUUUGCAACACCUGUACUUGUUGUAAACUCCACCCUUCAGCAAAAGCUUACACCGACGUCCACACUUGACGACGAGUCUACUCCGAAACCUUCUACUUUUCUGCCUGAAAUUAAUUCUUCCGAGCACAAAUUUAAAACGACAAAACUUAGCGUUCAUUCAUCUUUACAGGAGAGAAAUUCAACCAGCUUCACUGUCCAAACAACAGCAACUUCAAGUCAAUUUUAUUCAACUCAACAAUCAACAGCAAUUACAUUGCCACUGUUACGAAUAGUGACAACUUUGCGAUUUGUCUUUUUGCUGAAAAGCUUCAAUUUUGACUUCGACCUUUUUAACGACUCCUCUGCAAUCUAUAAACGUUUAGAGGCAAACGUAACAAGUGAGAUUUUAUCACGUCUUGGGUCACAUGGUGUCACAACCGUCAAGAUUCUCUCUAUGAAGUAAGAGCAACUGUCUUUCUUGCAUGUAUUUACAUUGAGACCAGAAGUUUUUUAGAGUGGAGUGUUUCGAAUAUGUGACAUAA